CAAGUUAUCGACAAUGAAAGGCGCUACAUUAGGAUUCUUUUGUAUGUGGAUUAUGUCAACAUUUGUGUUACAAGUGAGUUAUGGUGGUACUUUGAUUGGCUUUUUAACUUUUCCAAAUCAAGAACCUAGCAUUGCAACACUGGAAGAUUUAGCUUCAGCCAUUACUAAGAGAAACGUUAAAAUAGCAUUUAAAAUUCACUCUUUGGCGGAAUCGUUGCUGGUUGGAAAUGUGAAGCAUGGCCGUCUGUUCCAGGAAACCAUUAAUCGUGUCCCUGAAUCGAAAGUUCGAACCCACGAAGAAGGUUUCCGGAAAGUUUUGAUGGAGAAUUUCGUUUAUUUUGCCAACAAAUUUGGUUGUACAUACGAUUCAUUCCAAGGCGAAUUCGAGAAACUACAGAUGCAUGAUGUCUUCCAAGCCAAUUAUAUAGGAAUUGCUGCCUCCAAGGAUUUCAAAUAUUUGAAAGAAUUCAACAUUGUAUUGCGGCGUUUGGCAGAGCGAGGACUGAUUGCCAAGUGGAGAUCAGAUAUCUUAGCAAGAAGAAUGAUAGAUGUUGUGUUUUCUGGCGAAAUUAAAGUGGAGGAGACGGAGAUUGAAUCCAAAAGUCAUGCUUUGACUGUUAAUCAUUUACAAGGAGCUUUUAUCCUCCUUACUAUUGGGCAUUCUAUAGCCACACUAGUUUUGAUUUCGGAAGUUUUGUACAGGAGAGCUGUUAAUAAAUCUCCUUCUGGAUCAAUAAGAAAAUCAGUAACAUCCGAUAUUGUAUCAGAAUUAUAAAUAAUAGAAUUUUAGUAUAAAAUUUCAAGAAAUUAAAUGUUUUAAUAUAAA